UCAGUAGGUACACCUCGCUAGUGUGGUAUAGGUGCCAGUCAGCCAGCAAUGACAAUUUUAUAAAACUUGGCGAUCGGUCUGUGGGACCUAUACGAAUAUUGCAUGUCGCCUACAAGUAGCAAAGAUGACAUCCGUCACUAUACCCUCCAGCACCGGCCCUUUGCACGGAGUUUAUUCCUCAAUGCGCGAAGAGUUAUCAAAUAGCGAAUCGGAUUUCGAGGCGGCGCGAAAUCAAAAGCGUUGCCUGAGUUUAUCGUCUUCGUCCGACACUUGCAAAAAGAGACGAAAGCAAUCGACUCCGAUUCGGAUAUUUGUAAACGAAUUAGGAGGUAAGCAGUCGUCUGAAGUCGAUAUGAGGCUGGGGUUCGAAAGCACCGAGCAAGUUCAAAAUCAUAUCUCUACGGAAUUUAAACGCGAACCUGAAGAAGAUAUCGCUCCGUUAGCUUCGUUCGGAGAGACGCCGCUGUGUUUGACGAUGCCCAGAACGGAAAUGCAGUGGGGUGCGGACAAAUACAACGUGCAAAACUUACCGUUCAGUACUGCCAAUCCGGUAUUUAUGGCCAUGUCUCAGUUCACUCCUCCCGAGAACAUACAAAUGAAACCUAUACGAAUAUUCAAUCCCGACGCGUACUGCGACUUGUGCAACAAGGAGUUUUGUAACAAGUAUUUUUUAAAGACCCACAAAGCGAACAAACACGGAAUAUACAGCGACAUCCCGUCGACCGAGCUGCCGAGUUCCGCUGCUAUACCAUUCGCAGGAAACGUCAAACAUCUACCUUCAUCCGUGCCAAGUUUAGAUUUACCCGUUAAAACCGAACCCAAACCGCCUUCGAACUUAAUCAACCCUUAUUCCGCAAUGCCAAUCGACGGUCCGUCAUCGUCUAGCGAGAGCGACAAACUGAAUACAGAAGACCAAACCAAUGAAGAAUGUUCUAGUCCUAGUAAUACGCAAACCGAAUCUACCUCAGUGAAAAACGAAUUCGAAUCAUCUUAUUUCGAUUCCGCCAAUCAAUCCAGUCGCGAGACCGAACGGUUAAAGAAGAUCGGCGUGAUGAAUCCGAAAGCUUUCUGCGAGAUUUGCAACAAAGAAUACUGCAACAAGUACUUCCUGCGCACCCACAAGAUGAAACGUCACGGGAUUUACAUACCGGAUGAGCGGGACGCGAAGUUCGAAGGGAUGGGAAGCCAUUCAUGGCCUUCAAGUGUACAAACUAGUCCUUUAAAUUUAAUUAUGACUGAGCAGUCUUCUCUCCACGACCGCAAAACUACCUCACCGAACGACAUAAGCUGCGACCUAUGCGGAAUCAGAUUCCAAAACAGCAGCCUCGCUCACUUGCACAAUCUGACGGUGCACGGUAAAAUGGCGGCGAAAGAAGUCGCCGACAAUCCGGACGUUUCCUCCGAAGAGUCGAAGAAAACUUUAAACACCGAAGCCAUUAGCGAGGACUUGCAGAAACUGCAGACGAUGAUCAUGCAGCUGAACGAAUUGGACGUCACCAAAGUGUCUACCAGCUGCGCCACCUGCAAUAAGGAGUUCGAGAACAGGUUUUAUUUGCACGCUCAUAUGGUGACGGAGCACGGUAUGCUUUUAGACGACGUCACCGAUUUUGAUAAGGGUGGUGAUUCGGAGAACAGCAACAACAACACCAUGUGCGAUUUGUGCGGGAAAGACCUGCAAAACGCCGAAGAAAUGAAGAAGCACAUCUUGGACGCUCAUUCCAACGCGGAAGGGAGUAAAGAAGAAGAGUUCACCGCUCCAGAUAAAGGCGGCAGGAUUUUUAAUCACGUCCCUGAACGGAGGCUUUCCGUGAACGUCACACCUACUAGCAGUUAUUGCGAGAUAUGCAACAAAGAACUGUGCAACAAGUACUUCAUGAAAACCCACAUGCAAAGGAUGCACGGGAUAGAAAUCGAAAAUGGCGCUCAGAUCGGAGGAGUGGUCUGCGAUAUUUGCAACAAAGAGCUGUGCAGUAAAUAUUUCCUACGAGUCCACAAGCAUAACACACACGGUAUCGUUGAAUAUGGCGCGAGUUUGUUGCAGCCGAGGAAAGUCGAAGGGGAACCGCCUCCGGUACAAGAACCGGAUCCGGCUUUAAAACCCGGAGACUUAGCCGACUUAAGUCAUCGUUACUUUACGCAUUUCACCGAAGUUUGUCCCAUCUGCAGCCGUCGGUUUAGAAGCACGAAAUGGCUGAAGGCUCAUUUGAUAAGCGACCACGGCCAGACGGGGGUAGAAAAGUGGACGGAAUUGGAGCAGCAGCUGCAGCAAAGUCUCGCUCAGACCGGGAAAAUUUCGAAAGCGAUCAAAACCGAAAGGUCCAGUCCGAAUUUGAAAAUUCCAAACGGAGGCCAGGAGUUUCCUCCUCCGAAAAAAGUGGGCAUUCAAAAUGUACUGUCGAGUAUAUUCGGAUCUGAUGAAGUAAAUACGAAAACGUAUCAGUGUUCUUAUUGCCCUUUCACGUCACCACUGCUACCGUUACUGUUUAUCCACGAAAGAUCGCACACUCUGUGUGGUGCGGAUAAUGUUCCGAUCAAAUGUCCGGUGUGUCCGCAGUCGUUUCUGGAAAGGGAAUUGUUCCAACGUCAUAUGUUCACCCAGCACCCCUUUUUGCCUCUUCCUCCUUUGUUCAACGGCACCAAUCAUUCAGAGCUUCCAACUCAGGAAAAUCUCGAAGAAGAGUCGUCGUCUACCAAGCAAACCAAAACUCCAACGAAGUCAAGCGUGACCGAAUUACCUUUGGAAGUCAGUCAGAGUCUGAAAGAUGUGGCCAAGAAGGUACAGUUGCCCACAACUUACGCCCUUCCUCAGCAGAGUCCAGAGGUGGGACAAGAGGACAACGCCACAGGUUCUUCUGGGUAUGUGAUGCAAGCUUUUCUUUUAGAAGACUCUACGUCCGAGCGAAGGGUUUUUCCAUCCGUUGUUUUUUUGCCCAUGCUUCAAAAACAACCCGCCCCUUUAACUGUUACCUUCACUCUCACCCCCGCCUAACCCCCGAUGUCAUUGGCUAGUCAAAUAAGAUUCUAUCGCUAAUUACUAAUUUCAUUUCAUUUCGAUGUGUAAGCGUAAUAUUUUCGUGGUACUGGGAAAGAGUUAAAAUUUCUUUUUGGCAUUGUGAUAUAUAUAAAUAGCUCUCAAAAAAGUGAAAACUAUAAUCAAAAUCAAAGUAUUAAUACUAGUUUUUAGUGGGGUGGUGGUCUCAGUUAAGCGAGCAAUUUACCCGUAACAGAUUAAGAAAAAUAUAAUUUUCAUCUAUACAAACGGAUGAUUUCAAAUGAAAUUUUUCUACUGUUCCUGGAUAAUUUUUGGAUGUAGACUCCAAAAGAGCCCUAAUUUUUUCUCUAUCAGAUCUAGUUUUUGAGAUAGUUAAAAGUUUUCUCUUAUUUGACUUUAUAGAAUUAAGUUUACUUCCAUAGUUAGAAUGACAUGAUAGAAUCUUUCCCCUGUUCUUCACUGCAAUCACGUAAGUUUUCUUUAAAGACAUCCACACCACUGUAGAGGUAGUGAACUUUAACACUCAUGUUGCAAUUGCUAACUGUUGUUGUUCGUAUUUAAUUUUUUCCAAAACUAGUGCAACUACCAAUGACCAAUGACCGAUUCCUUCAAGAAGAGUCUUUGUUACUGCACUUUAUCCGCUUCUUCAUUUAUUAGGGAAAUGGCAGAAUCUUCUAUAACAGAGUCCAGAGAGCAUUAAUACGGGUUUUUCUGUUGUUGUCUGGGAUUUACGCUAUUUUGUUGUUAUAACUUAACUUCUUCAAAAGUUUCUUAAUGUUAUACUACUAUACUAUACUUAAAAUGUGUCUAAAUUAUCUGGUCAAGUUAUUUAUAACGACCACCGAUAGACUCUCAAGGCAGUGCCUUGCCUGCUUUACCCAACAUCCUAAGCAAUUUGUUUUCAGGCUGAUGUUGACUGAGGUUUAUACCUUUUUUAAUAUCUUGUUUUAUUUUAUUUUUUCUAUUUGAUCUUUUUUUUCUGGUGUAUUAAAUACGGAUUACCAUUUAGGGAUUCUUGUUCUAUGAAAACUUGUAUUUCCUUAUAAAUAAUUUAAAAAAAUUGAAAUUGAAUAGUAUAGUGAGAAGUAUAUAUUUGGUUAAUUAGACUCCAAUUUUCUGACUUGUCCAUUAUUUUUGUAUCUCGAAAACUAGAACUGACAGAAUAAAUCUGAUGGAAUUUUUGGAACGAAAAAUUGUUUUUUCGUGUUCUUAACGUCAUUAUAUUUGCAAAAUUUAACUGCCCAAGCUAGAAUAAAGGAUCGGGUAAGUCGCGAUCCUAAGCGUCUUAUUUGACUAGGUUAUAUAGUAAUCCCGCAUUCGUAGUUUUGCAUAGAUGUGUUAUAUUUUUUUAAAACCAAUCGAUGGCGAUUCCACAACACCUGUGAUUUUUAUUAUUUUAAUUUUACUUAAUUAUUGUAUAAUCUUAAAAGUAUAAAAUAUAUUAUAAAGUAAGCGUAUUCCUAUAUUUGCAAGUCGCCUCGUAUAUUACGAGGAUCAUAUGAGCACAUAUUUUUAUGCAAAUACAGAAAGACUGAGUGAAAUUUUUAUAUAUGAUAUGUUGAUUUUCACUUGACAUGUAUCGAGAUACAGAUGUUUUGUACGAUAGAAAGCUUUAGGUGAUGUUUAAAGAAGUUCCUAUUUUAUAUCUCGAUAUAAAAAAUACUAUAUUAGUUCACAAAGAUGUAUGUGUUAAGUUAGUAGGUGUAGCUUGCUCAACUGUCAGUAAAAUAUGUAAACAACGGGAUCAUCUUAGUUGAAAUGAAAAUCAUCGGAAGAUGAAUUUUAGGUCAACUAAGAUGCAUCAUGGAUUUCAACCAUUCGCAUGCCCAGUCCAUAAAACUCAGGGUUUAGCUGAAACGAAUACAAUCAGCCUCACUGGUCCAAGCAAAGGCCUUGAGAAAGACCUGGACCACAACUUUCCUCUAUCGAGUUCCUGACUAGUAGUAUACAUAGAAGUAGGGUAAUAUCAAUUUAUAAUAAAAAAUCUUAUGAUAUAAAUGGGCCCCAAUGCUCCAUUUCUGAAGAACAACAGAACUUGACAUGCUGUUUUAUAGUGGGAUUAUUGGAGAGAGGCAUGUCACCUAAACCAAAUCAAAUUACAUUCAUAUUGUGGCCCAAUCAUCAGUUGCUUGUGGUUUGUUUCAUUACUACUAGUUUCGGUUCUUCCAGUAUAAAUCAAAAUUCGCUUAGUUGAUGACAUAUUACUUAGACAGCACUUCUACAGCAAUCACCAUCUUAAAAAAGACGGGGUUUGCCAGAAAACUAUGGCUAGUAAUAUUUACGCGAUGAAUUUCCUUUCUCAGGUGACAACAUAUUUUUUUAAACGAGUACCUAAAUCGAUAUACAUAAAAAUUACUUACAUUAAACGUAUUUACAGUAAGAAAGUAACACCAAAGUUGAAAUUAAACUCCGAUCAACGCAAUUGCGUCUGUCGACACAAACUGGACAAAAACAAAUAAAAAAUACAUUCAGGAUUUUUACGACGUUUUUGGGACGCUCAGUGGUAUAUUUAUUUUGAAAGAAAUAGUUAGCAAAUCCUGUAGAUUACUUUAUCAAUUGCCUUUAAUAAAGAAGUUAGAAUACCCCCAGUGUAGUGCGUACCAUACAGGGGUUUCAAAACCAUUACCAGCAUAUUCUUUGUAUUAAAAUAUUUCGAUUUGUAACCUAAAGUAAAAACUUACGGAGAUACAAGGCGAAAAAAUAAUUUUAUUUUUUCGUUUUUUGUUACUUACGUUCAAAAUUUUAAACAAACAUUCGUAUGUGGGUACGAGUUUUGCAAUAAGUUGUAGAUGGCACUACCUGCACACACUUUUUUGCAAAAAUACCAUCAUAUUUUUUUCAUAUAUACCCAAAUUUAAUUUCCGAUAAAACAAAAUCAAUUUCUUGUAUUUUCUAAGCAAAGAGGCAUUUUUGUUCGAUAUUUUUGUCAAUGUAAGUUUUGAUUUUAAGAAAUAGAUUUAUUUGAAAAUCGGAAAAUUUUGGCCCCUUGGUUUUGAAACACUGUUAUGCUAUCGGAGCCAUAUUUUCGAAUUGCAAGUCCCUCUGUUCCAUGCUCUUUCUGUAAAUCGUUCCAAUCUAGAACAUAAUAUUCGAAAAUAUCUAAUAAAUACAAAAAUUGAAAUUGAAAUGCUGUUAAAUGUUUUCGAAUAGGUAACUGAUCACACAUUGUUUAAAUUAUUGUAUAGUACAAAACUGACUACCUUUUGCUAAUUACUAGUUAUAAUAUACUAAGCUGUGUGCCUUCGGUAAUUGCAAAUGACCUGCUGAUUUCAUUAAACAAAUUAAGCCUGGGUGCUAUGAAGAAUAUCUAUGUUUAACAUUACUUGAUUAAGUACAAAUACAUGCGAUCUUUUUUACAUGUGGGCGUAUUUAAAUUUGCAUUCAAAUAUCGUUGUUGAUUCCUUUAGGCCAUUAUAAAGUGAUGUCCCUUGUGUUUCCUAGAUUCCGUAAACAGCUGCUCUUGCUGGUCAAUGUGCCCCCGGUUUUUAUACAAUUUCCCCUAUUUUUUGCAGUUCUAUGCAUCUGUUCUACGUUCAAUAUUUUUAAAAGCCUGACCCUCGCUUUUAUGCAUAUCAUUUCAAUUUAAAAUAUCACUGCUUACGAAUCCUAUACCGGUUGUCCAAAUCCAUGCGAAAUCCUGUAAAUUGGAAAAGUAUUUGUUAAGGUAUAAAUCCCUUUUUGUUACUAUUCAUUGAUUCAAAUGCAACUGAUGCAUUCUCGGAAUGAUUAAUUAAAACAUCAAGAACACAGAAUAUAGAAUUUUUAUCACUAGAAAAUGCUGGAAAGAAUAUAAGCAUAAGCUAGAGUUAGACGUUAUAGAUGGUCCGCAUUUUGUGUUUUUUCCCAGAAAUUUAUCGUCGGCCAUUAGCAACGCACUAGCAUUAAUUCAAUCGGAUAUGCACGAGUUGCAUUCGCAUGAAAAAAUUAAUACAAAGAAUUUUUCACACUCAAUGGGACGAAAUUAUAUUCGUAUGUGACCCCAGCAAUUUUCUCUUGUUAGUAUGUGAGUAUUAUGCAAAUUUUUUUCAUUUUGCUUGAUUCACCCCACGAUAAAAACGUUGGAAAAGAAGGAAUCGGGAACGGAAUCAAUUUUUGGUGUGCAUUUUUCGAAGGGAAGACCACCGAAAAUUUGAAUACGCUCACGUGGGAUUGUUAACAAUGCGAGCUGUACUUGUGUGUAAUAAUACGCGCAUAUAAUUUAUGUGUGUGUUGUAAAUGUGAACCUUUACCUAAAUCAACGUCCUGCGAGACCAAAUCGAAUUUGGGAAAUCAACUUUGUGUAGAAAUAUGUUGAAAAUUGCGCCUAUUUUUGCCGAAUUCUUCAGAUCGGAACAUUUACUGAAAUAAAUCUCAGGGUCGUAACUGUUGAACAGUUUUUUAGAUUUUUUGGUGAUAUACAGAGUUUUUCAAUAGAUAAACGUUAUUUUUAGAUAUUUAAAGCGAAGAGUGUAAAAUCAAAUUUAAUGCAUGUCAAAAUUUCGUUGACACUACAUUUUGAACCAACCGAAUUAUACCAAAUAACCUUAUAAACAUAAAAAUCUUUUUUUUAAUUGUUACUGAUUUUGAUCAAAUGUAUCACUUAUUCGCGAUAAAAAAUCCUAAAAAUCCUUAAUCCUAGUUGAAAGCCUUUUUUAUGUUUACUAUUUUUUUUACAAAAUGCAUUUAAAUUUCUUUUUCCUAUAUUGAGGAGAAAAAUUAAAAUUUAAUUUAAUAUCACAGGAUUUGUUUUAUUAUUAUUUUUAUUCAUUUUAUAAUAAUACUAGUAAGCAACGUUAAGAGCAGAAAGUUUUUUUUAAGUAAAAUUAUUUAUUUUUUAGUUAGUCUUGUUGCUACGUUUCUUAAUAAUUACUAGUAGUUAUUCUUUUUCUUCAUUUUAGCUUUAUUUUUUAUUAAUAAACUACAAAUCGAACUUUAUAUUUCGUGAGUUUUUAUACUAAGCUAGUCAAUCCACUUUUAGAGCUCUCUCCGCGACAGAAAUGGAAAAAGCUCAAAAAAAGCCUCAUUAGACAGAAAAUAAGCAAAAUCUAUAAAAAAAAACCUUUUUUUCUAAAACCUUAAUUUUGUUCAACUGAGAUCUGGCUAUGCAAAUUACUUGCUCAGAACUUGUCAAAUGUCCAAUUUCUAAAACCUGGCCAGUGGAAAUGGCGUCCAAACAGUAAAUCUUGUAGGGAGCGUUCUUGCCUGAAUUCUACUUCUAAACUAAUCGAAUAUGACAUCAGAAAGAAAUU